AUGCCCAAGGCGGCCAAACGGGGUCGAAAGCCGCUUUCCAAGCAACCCCAACCCGAGGCGGCCGCCCCCUUUUCCUCCUUCCCCCCCCUCGUUGAGUCCAUCGAGACGGUGGAGGCGGUGGAGCACAUUUUGCUCCGAUUUCCCUGCUUUGAUUACUUCCGGAACGUCCACGUGUGCGAGCGCCCCUCCGAGGGGGGCCCGGCUUCCCCCGAGGCGAUUUUUCACCCCGGCGGGGUUCAAUUCGACGAGGAGUCGCCCCCGGAGCGGGGGGUGGCCCAUCCGUUAGUUUUUCUCAACCCGGGAAGCCCUUCUCGGAUGGUCUUUCGCGGGUCCUGGGAGGAAACCCUCCCGGAAGGAGAGGGGGGGCGGACCAAUCGCGUGAUUCUCCACCUCACGCCGCGCGGGAGGAGGGACGGCGACGAAGCGGGCGAGUCAAAGGACGGCGAAACAAACGAAAUGGAAAAGAAACCAACCCCGUCGGUGGUUUCCAGUCUUUUUCGUCAUCGCCGGGAAGGGGUCACCGCGGAUGAGAAGCGGCAGAGGGAGGAGCAGCGCGCAAAGGGGGCAGGGGAUUGGGUCUACGAUAAGGUCAUCACGCCAUCCGCAGUCUUGGUAAUGUCAAGAAUCGGCUAA